AUGUUUCCAGUGGUCGAUGCGACUAUUUGUGCGGUCAACUGUUAUAAUGAACCACACAACAAAGUCCGUCAUAUAUCCAAAGCUACUGCAGGAUAUAUCGCAUCCAUUGGUUUUGGCGCAGGAGUGACGCUUUUGGUAGGCUCGACUGCUCCAAUUAUUGUUGUUGGUUGCGCAACAGGUGCAGCUUGUGCAAUCAUCAAUUGGGGUGUUGGAUACUUAAUAAAACCGAACGAUCGUGAAAACGAAAGAGCAAUCAACACUAUCGAAGUACCCACUGAAACAGAAUAA